CCCUCCUGGUGCAUAUAAGACCCUGGUCACACUUGGGGAUGAGCAGGGGAAGGUGCCUACAGCAAGAUGGAUGUAGGCAGCAAAGAAGUCCUGAUGGAGAGUCCGCCGGACUACUCAGCAGUCCCAGGGGGCCGGCUCCGCAUCCCCUGCUGUCCUGUGAACCUCAAACGCCUUCUUGUCGUGGUCGUGGUGGUGGUUCUUGUCGUCGUGGUGAUUGUAGGGGCCCUGCUCAUGGGUCUUCACAUGAGCCAGAAACAUACUGAGAUGGUCCUAGAGAUGAGCCUCGCAGGGCCAGAAGCCCAGCAACGCCUGGCCCUGAGUGAGCAUGUGGGAACCACUGCCACCUUCUCCAUUGGCUCUAGUGGCAAUGUGGUCUAUGACUACCAGCGGCUCCUGAUUGCCUACAAGCCAGCCCCGGGAACCUGCUGCUAUGUCAUGAAGAUGUCUCCGCAGAGUAUGCCGAGUCUUGAGGCUCUCACCAAAAAAUUCCAGAACUUCCAGGUGAGUGUGCAUGCCAAGCCCUCGACGCCUACCUCUAAGCUGGGCCAGGAGGAGGGCAUGUCGCUGGCUCAGCACCCUCCGGGGACCUGGCCUUCCUGGGCAGCACCAUGAGCACCCUGUGUGGCGAAGUGCCCCUCUUGUACAUCUAGGAAACAUCAGGGCCUCAGGAAGCCCCAAGAGGACAGCAAAGAUCCAGGAGCAAAGAGUCUUGUGCAGACUCACAGGAAGCCGCUUCUGGGACACCACGGGGACUGGCCCUGGAGAAAUGGGAGCUGUGGGGAGAGGUGGGCAGAGGAGAAGCAGCUGUUAGGGGCCCGGGGGCUUCUACCACCAAAGAAUAAAGCAGCCUGAUUGAAAAAUGAA